ACGCGGUCCCUCAUAAGGAGACGCAGCAGGUACAGCCGCUCCACAUGGCCGGUGGGGAGAGACCUGUAUCCCCGUAACUAGAGUAAGAACCGCGGAGACAACUAAGGACACGUUUGACUGUCUCCAGCACCUGACACCCAUAGACACGUGCUGUUCUCAGAGCAGUUGAAAGGACCUUGUAGGACCUUCCCUGUCUGCGGCAUGUGGAGCGGCUGAGACAUUAGGUCGUCAGCUGAGUAGAAGCUUGUCCCACGACACGAUGGACUGCAUGGAUCCUCGGCUGCUGUGCUGCGAAGGGGACCGGCCCCCCAUCCGGAGGGCCUACCGGGACUCGAACCUGCUCAACCAGCGGGUCCUGCACGCGCUGCUGCGGGCGGAGGACAAGUACCUCCCCGCGUCCAACUACUUCAAAUGCGUGCAGAGGGACAUCGCUCCGUACAUGAGGAGGAUCGUGGCCACCUGGAUGCUGGAGGUGUGCGAGGAGCAGAAAUGCGAGGAGGAGGUCUUCCCCCUGGCCAUGAACUACAUGGACCGCUUCCUGUCCGUGGAGCCCACCAAGAAGAGCCAUCUCCAGAUCCUAGGAGCGGCCUGCAUGUUCCUGGCGUCCAAGCUGAAGGAGACGAUCCCACUGUCUGCGGAGAAGCUGUGCAUCUACACCGAUAACUCGGUCACACCCGGCCAGCUGCUGCAAAUGGAGCUGCUGGUUUUGAACAAGCUAAAGUGGGACCUGGCCUCGGUAACCCCCCUCGACUUUAUCGACCAUUUUCUGUCUCAGCUGGCCGUCAGGAGCGAGAACCGGCCGAUCCUCAGGAAGCACGCUCAGACCUUCGUAGCUCUGUGUGCCACGGAUGUGAACUUCAUUGCCAGCCCUGCGUCCAUGGUGGCAGCGGGCAGCAUGGCGGCCGCGGUGGAGGGCUUGCAGACAAGAAUGGCGGGAAAUGCAGCGACGUCCCAGAAGCUGACGGAGCAGCUGGCGCAGACCAUCCGGAGCGACCCGGACUGCCUCAGGGCUUGUCAGGAGCAAAUAGAGUCUCUGCUAGAAACCAGUCUCCGACAGGCACAGCAACCUCAACACUUGGUUACCAUGGAAACCAAGGAAAUCGGCGAGGGGCAGGACCUCUCGACUACACCCACAGAUGUCCGGGACAUCAAUAUCUGAGUGCUGCAGAUGGUACGGACAGAGUGGACGGCCAACCCACGAGGAACUGGACUCGACCGUCGAUCAGACCAGAAUGAACUGGAGGACGUGGACACAACUGAACAUCCAGGACGUCAAACUCCGUAGGACUGGAUUUGAGAGACACUGAAAGGAUAGCUGUGACAUCGCGAGUGGCUCCUCGCCCGGGGUAAUGGGUGGGAACCAACCGGGGGCGGUGUGGAGGACUCAUCUGAGACUGGAAUGUCUCCUGUCCCGCUGUAUUUAUCAAAGAAUUCCAUAUUAUUAAUGUAGUUUGCUAUAGUGGAGGAAUGUGAUGGAUUUAUAAAGCAAACAGCUAUAUUUUAGAAGCAUCAAAUUUUAAACCGCAGUUUAAAACUUUUUAUUAUUUUUUUUUAUUGUAUUGUCUUCACGGCAUUCUGUUGUCCCAGAAGAGUAACCCUAAAAGUUACUCUUCAGAGUCUGACUUAAAUAGUUUAUUUGGAAGUUUUUCAUUGAUCUUUUACUGUUUUAGAAGUUUGAAAACACUGGCCCUGUUUUUUAAUAUGUAAGAAAACAAGUGAUGGUGUACAAUAAGAGCUAUAAUUUUAUACAUUAAUACACGCUGGACAGCACAAAGGGAACAGUGUCUGUAAAGAGGCAAACCAACCACUGUUGUGAUGUAGUGCACACAUUGCUGCACUAAGGGGCAGUGUGCUAUUUGGGAUGCAGCCACCAGACAUUGCAAUGGUGCAUACCAGUAUCCAACUGCAGUAUCGUCGGCCCAAGAGCGAGGAUCUCUUUCCUAAAUGUCCACUGAGCCUUUGGUUCCUGGAGACGACACAACGCUUUUCCCUUUGUCUCUGGUUUCCACACAAUACAGAAAGUCUUUGGCUCUAAGGAAGAAGGGAAAGAGUUGUCUGAAUUUUUGUAAAACAAGAGAUCAGGUAUUUAUUUAUUAUCACUUGACUAACGCUAAAAGUCCGUUUUUGGAUUUAGCUUCUUAAUUACCUCGACGGCAGGGGCGUGGUAGUGGGGGGGGAAAGUGGACCUGACUACCCAGGGCCCUGUCUAGGGAGAGGGCCCUUUGCUAACUUGCAUCGUACAAUGGCAUGUGUAGGGGGCCCACUGACAUUGAGAGUAUACAGGGCCCAGAAUUUGGUGCUUCGCAGCCCUCGACGGUACAAAAUGUUUUGAUUCCUAAACAUUAAACUGAUUAGUAACUUUAGAGCAUUGCAUAUGAGCUUGUUGGUGGUGAUGUGUGUCAAAGAAUUAAAGGAAAACUGGUCACCAU